CAAAUUUCUUCUCUCUUUUUUUAAUUCUCAAAAGACACCCCUGUGACCCAGUCAUAGUGUCAUUUCUUUGAUUCUUUUAAAAUUCCAUUUGAUCGAAAACUCAAACUCCAUUGCUUGGACUGGUAAUGCUAGCACAUUCGAUCAAACGCAGUAGCUGUUAUUCCUUCAACUCCACAUUAAGAACCCUUCUUAAGUCAGGCAACCUUGAGAAAGCCCGCCACCACUUCGUACAAUUCAGGGACCAAGGCUUCCUUCCAGAUAACUACACCAUCCCAUCACUUCUCAAGCUUCUGCAUGAUCUUCACCAGACUCUUCACUAUCGAGAAAACAUCCAUUCGUUUGCUAUAAAAAAUGGGCAUCUCAAGGACAUCUUCGUCACUACUGGGUUUGUUGAAAUGUACUUCGGUUUUGGUUAUGUUGCUUCUUCACGUCAACUGUUCGACGAAACUCCUAUAAAAGAUGUUGUUUUAUGGACUGCCAUGGUUUCUGGGUUUUCUCACAAUGGGUUAGGGGACCUAUCUGUGAACUUCUUUGCACAGAUGGUGGGAGAAGGAGUGAAACCAAAUCGGAUUACUCUCACCAGUGUUUUAGCUGCUUGUUCGCAGUUAAUGGUGCCUAAGUUAGGCAGGUCUGUUCAUGGGUUCUCCAUCAGAAAUGGUAUUUUUAAUCCCGAUGUUGUUCUUGAGACUGCUUUUGUUGAUAUGUAUGCAAAAUGUGGAAACUUGACAUAUUCGACUAAGGUUUUUGAUCGGAUGAGAGACCGGAAUUCUGUUACUUGGAAUGCUAUAAUUACAGGUCAUGCUAACAACCAGUUUCCUGAGCCCACAUUUAGACUUUUUAGGGAGAUGAUCUAUGAGAAUUUAAGAGAACCAGAAUCAUCUGUACUGGCAUCACUACUGCAAGUUUGUGGAGGAACAUCAGAUCUUCGGCAUGGGAGAGAAAUUCACGGUUAUGUCACUCGUUCUUGUAGGAACAUGAAUUCUGAUAUGAUGGUGGAAAACAAUGCUCUCAUUGAUAUGUAUGCUAAGGCUGGGGAUUUAAACUCAGCUGUAUUGUUAUUUGAGAAUGUCAAGAACAAAAACUUGGUGACUUGGACCACAAUGAUCAGCGGGUACGGAAUGCAUGGUUUGGGUACAGAAGCAGUGGAAGCUUUUAGUGCAAUGAAGAAAACGGGUAUUACACCAGAUGGUGUUACUUUUAUUGCUCUACUCUCAGCUUGUAGUCAUGGGAGACUAGUUGAUGAAGGUUUGCAACUCUAUAUGUCAAUGCAAAGGGACUACAAAAUUGAGCCUGAGAUGAAGCAUUUUGCCUGCAUGGUCGAUAUCUAUGCACGUUCCGGUCUUCUUGACCAAGCUUUCAGUUUUAUAAAGAAAAUGCCUGUUGAGCCUUCUGAAUUUAUAUGGGCAUCCUUGCUUUCAUCUUGUAGGACAUACAAAAAUGUAGUGUUGGGAGAGCGGGCAACCGAAAAAGCAUUGGCUUUUAAUCAGUAUAACACAGGGGUCUACAUACUUUUAUCUCAACUCUACGCAGAUUCAGGACAGUGGGAGGAUUUCAGUAAGGUAAGGCUGGUUAUGAAAGAUCUGGGGCUGAAACCAACUACAGCACAAAGCUGGGUCGAAGUAGAGAGGAAGAUAUACGUAUUCGCAGUAAGGGACAACAUGAAUCCAUAUUCAGAAAAAAUGUACAAGCUGUUAGAAACACUAACAGAAACCAUGCACAAGGAAGGUUUUGUUGCAUAUCGAUCAUCUGGAUGUCAUGAUAUUACUAAGGAGGGAAAAGAGGGUAAUUUAUGUGGCCACACAGAGAAGCUGGCGCUUGCUUUUGUCCUGAUAAAGUCUGAAGGCCAUCGAGGUGUAACUAGAAUUGGAAAGAACCUUCGAGUUUGUAAAGACUGCCAUGUCUUUUUCAAAUUUAUUUCGAAAAUUAAAGAUUGCGAUAUUAUCUUGAAGGAUCCAAAUCGUUACCAUCACUUCAAGCGAGGCAAUUGCAACUGUUGUGAUUUAUGGUGAUUGGGUUAAGAGAAUGUAGAGGCACGUAAACUACGCUGUCCUAAAGGCAAUAUCGCCUGCC